UCUUUCGACUCCAUAUUCUCCAUAGCUAGGACGUGGCUUCAACAUUCAUCUCUUAUCUUCGCGUUGUCCGAAACCAUUCACACUUCUUGUCUUUCAACUUUUAUGUACGUUCUUCCUGUCCAAUCCUCGAACUCCACAAAGUUUUUUCAGUUGUCCACUUGUCUUACCACUCUCGUUCAUUUAAGUUCUUUUUUCCAUCCAUGUCGAUUGCAAAUUCAGUCGGAAAAGGGACAAGGAAAUGUGGCACAAUCCUCCUUGAUGCCAUCACUUUUUUUGUCUUUCUUUUCCUCGACCUUCUUGAUGCUAUUCUUUGUGUGGUAUACAAGUUUCUUGAUGAGUUCUUUGAAGGUAAAGCCUCUCCAUGUUAUUGUGUAAAAAAGGGAGAGCAAAGUGCAGAUUGUGCUGAUGGAGAGAGGGAUUUGUCAGAGACUUUGUAUGGAAGGAAAAAUGUAUUCAGGGAAAUGGGGUUUCUUGGUUUUGCAAGAAAACGGGAAUAUAGAAAGAAAAGAGAUGGUUUUGGUGGUGGAGGAAGGUUGGUGAAUAGGUGGUCUGAUUGUGGAUGCGAGUCUUGUGUCUCUUGGAUGAAGAAUGGUUGUCAGAAGCUUCAUGUUGUUGUGAAAGAGCUGCCACAAGUAGAAAGUGAUGAUUCAAGAGGAGAGUCAGCUGAAAAUGUGAUUUUUUUACAUGGAUUCCUUUCUUCUUCCUCGUUAUGGACAGCUACAGUUUUUAAGAAUCUAUUUGAACCGGUAAAGGGUCAAUACAGACUUUUUGCUGUUGACCUUUUGGGAUUUGGAAGAAGUCCAAAGCCAAGUGACAGCAUGUAUACUUUGAAUGAUCAUGUGGAAAUGAUAGAGAAAUCUGUAAUCUCUCCAUAUCGGUUGAAUUCUUUCCGUUUGGUAGCACAUUCCAUGGGUUGCAUAAUUGCUGUGGCCUUAGCUGCAAAGUACUCAAAGUUUGUCAAGUCAGUCACUCUUGUUGCACCUGUUUACUUCCCCUCUGCAAAAGAUGGAAGUACUUUAAUGGCGCUUGAAACACUUGCUGGGAAAAGACUCUGGCCACCAUUAGCAUUUGGUCAAUCGGUUAUGUCAUGGUAUGAGCAUGUGGGCAGAUUUUUCUGUUUCCUCUGUUGCCGGAACCAUAGGAUGUGGGAGAGGCUUCUGAAGCUAUUGACUCAAAGAAGAGAACUCGAUUUCAUGACAGUAGACUUGACAAGGCAUACCCAUCAUUCUGCUUGGCAUAGCAUGCAUAAUGUCAUAUGUGGAGGAGUAAAGUUUAUGGAUGACUAUCUGGAAAUCUUGAAUAGAUCAACAGUAAAGGUUUGUAUCAUCCAUGGUGAUCAGGACCCGAUUGUCCCAUUGGACUGCAGCGUCAACAUCAAGAUGAAGUUCCCAUACGUAGAACUUAACAUUAUUCAGAACGCUGAUCAUGGUACCGUAAUCCUUGGCAGAAAGAAAGAUUUUACUGAGAAUUUAGAACGUAUAUGGGCAUCAUCCCAGAUGUGACUAGGAUAGAAUUGUAUCAUUUAGAAGCUCAUAUCCAAUAAAUCAGGUUGAAUGAAGAACAAAGGAGAAUUAAGAAAGGCCCUCACACCAAUCCCAUUUAAGCUGUCUACUUAUAUGAAAACACGGAGCUGCAUUCGAUCCGAGCACCAAUUAUGUUCAGAACAUUUUCCAGUUCUUUUCGCUGCUUUGCCUCUGUUGCUCUGUUUCCUGUUCUUGGAUCUUUGUUUCUGAUGUUGGGAGUUCCA